CGCUACUCCUCUCUAGGGCAUCUUCUGUCCCCAGCAGGCCACGUUUCCUCCUGCACCAGGCACAGGCCCCUUUACUUUCUUCUGUUAAGAUGUUUUCUACCACUCCUCUCUGCAGGAGCACAUUCAACAUCCAGGAUGGCGAAGACUUCCAGGACAGAGUCAUCAACAGUGCAAAGCCCGUGGUGAUAGAUUUUCAUGCGCAGUGGUGUGGCCCCUGCAAGAUCCUGGGCCCCAGGCUAGAGAAGAUGGUGGCCAAGCAACAGGGAAAGGUGCUGAUGGCUAAGGUGGACAUUGAUGAUCACACAGACCUCGCCAUUGAAUAUGAGGUCUCUGCAGUGCCAACCGUGCUGGCCAUGAAGAAUGGAGACGUGGUGGACAAGUUUGUAGGGAUAAAGGAUGAGGAUCAGCUGGAGGCAUUCCUUAAAAAACUCAUUAAAGCCUGAGGAAGAGGGAUGACCAGUGAACAUGCCCAGACCUCUAGAAUU